AUGAUCCAAACCGAUCGCCUCUACUCCGCGGACGACCUAUACAUGCUUAGACAGGGUGAGGAUGAGCCCCUUCGGGAGUAUGCAGCCAGGUUCAGCCACGAAUACUCCCGCUGCCCAGAUACUGAUGAUCGUGCCGCUUUCGGUGCUUUCAAGAGUGGCCUCCGAGAGUCUAACUUCCGGUACCUGGUCCACAGCAACCCUUGGAACACAUAUGCCGAGCUGAUGAAGCAAGCAGCAGUUCAUGCCAAGGCUGAGUACUUCAACUCCAAGCGCAGCCCAACCAUCCCCGGCGCAUAA